AUGAGGAAGGUACCUUGCCAUGGAUCAGCACCAUUCGUUUACAUGGACACUUGUUUUAAUAAUGGUGAGCUGCCUGGUACCAGUUCAUUGAAGAAGAGGUUAGAUCGAAAAUUGGAGAUGGAGGGUUUGAAGAUCUCAACAAGUUGUGUGAACUUGUUAAACAAUGGGCUUGAUAUUUUUAUGAAGAGAUUAGUAGAACCCUGUCUCGAUUUAGUUGCUUCAAGAUCGAAGCGUACACUUCACAAUCAAGUUUAUCAUCAAGCCAAAUUCAUCAUAAAUGGGAUUAGGCCUAUUUACAUACAGAACCCGAAGAGAUUGUUCUUCGUGUCAAUGUUAGAUCUUCAAGUUGCAAUGGAGUCGAAUCUCAGGAUACUUGGACCAGAUUGGUCACUGCAGCUUGAGGAAGUUUCCCUGCGUGCAACAAAAGUUACAGCAGAAUAG